AUGAACGUCGAAGAUAGACCGCGACAUCGCCAGCGACUGCGUAUCGCAUGUGAUUCGUGUCGAGAGCGCAAAAGAAAAUGUGAUGGAGGACGACCUUGCAAUAUGUGCCUCGGUUAUGGAUACGAAUGCUCCUAUCGUUCAACACCGCGCAGCCGGCAAUCUCAAAGACACUCAGUCCGGGCCCAGAGCAUAGUGGUACAGGAAGCAAGCCCAACACCUGCUGCAGGGACGUCAUCACUACACUUAGAUGGUCACCAACCAGUCCAACCGGCCCAGCAACUUCAGCAGCAAGUCUCAGAGGAUCAUGACCAGCAAGAAUUAGGCAAUGACCACCAGCACUCACCCGCAUACCUACGAUCCAUCGAGAGCAACUCUGGAGCGGCUUUUGCACGCCUGCUUACGAUGACACUCGAAUCAUCUGAUCAGAGUGCUUCUCCAUUGCGAAUGCUCGCAUGGAACUUGUUUCUGGGAGAAAGACAAGCAGCGAUGCCGGUACAGCAAGAGACUCUUACAGACAUUCUAUCAGAACCAGAGAUGCGACAUUUAGCUAGCAUCUACUUUGAAAAGUUCCAUCCAUGUUAUAGCUUUGUUGAUAAGGACAUGCUGCUCCAGAGUAUAUCCAAAAAUUGGAGCCAGCAAAAAACACAUAAUGCGCUGGAAGCCCUUUUGAGUGGUGUCGGUGCCCUCGCACUCCUGUUUUCGAAUGCUCAAGACGUAGAAACUGAAUCGAGACUCGCUUCACUUGCUAAACGUCUGCUGGACCCACCAUGUGCUGAUACUCCAUCACUAUAUAGUGCUACUGCAUGGGUGCUUCGCACUGCAUAUCUACGGAUAACAGCAAAGCCAGAGGAGGCAUGGUUAGCAAGCUGUAGCGCUCUCCACAUUAUUGAUGCUGCAGGACUGAUGAACCGUACCAGCCGGAGUAGUGCCUUCAUCACAUCUCAAGGCCCAGUCAGUCUUCAUCUUCGGAAAAGGGUGAUUGGUGUAGCACAACACCUGAACAUAUGGAUGUCAUAUGACCUAGGUCGGAGUCGUGUGUCUCUGCCUAAUUUUGACAAUACCCCACCGACUCCGCAAGCUGGAGAAUUUACGGCGGAAUUGCUGGAUCUCCUACCAUACUCACAGGACCUGGACCCGACUAACGAACUAAGUGUGGACCGGCUUGUUAAAGCAUUGGUGAACGUCUUGGAGCGAACACAUACCGAACCACCAUCUGUACUAGCACAGUGCAACUUGAUGCUGUGCAUCCAUCGUAGGCUUCAUGCCUCGAAGCUCGAGAUAUCCGAGAGCCUCAUGACCAAGGUUCUCAGUUUGAUUCAGAAAAGUAUCCAAGCCGUUCGAGCCCACAUUACAGCACAUCUUCCCUGGCACCACGUAGCUAAUAUCCCGUUCCAGGCAGUGUGCACACUCCUCGUUAUCGAUACUGCACAGUCUUUUUCACUUUUGUCUGAGGCUCUGGCUUGUGUCAUCGCCGUGAAUGAAGCGUACCCAACUGAAGCGACGCGAGAAGCUGCUGUUGCUGCAUGUUCCUUGCUCCGGCUGCACCGAAGCCGAAGGGAAGCAGAGAUCAAGAAGCAUUCUGACAUGCUUGGCCUAUACCCUUCUGUAGAUUUUGUCUUGCAGGAGAAACAUGGUGAUCCUCUAAGCAGCGAAUCUCUGCAAGAAUUUUCUUGGUUCAAUGAGUUUUUAGUUAAUUCGGAUCUAGUGUCAGGUCUUGAUCCGUUCAUUUAA